AUGCCCUUCCCCGGCCUAGCAGGACUAACUCGAAUCAGCAGCAGAGCCUUCGCGCAGCCUCUCUCCCGCGGGCUAGCAGUGGGCCAAAAAGCGCGGCUUGAACCCGGCGGCGGCGGCGGCGGCGGCGCUGGGGGUAUGGCGUCUCCGGGGGACUUGGAGACUGCGCCCACCAGAGUGCCCGCCACCAAGGUGGAGCUCACCGUGUCCUGCAGGAACCUAUUGGACAUGGACACUUUCUCCAAGUCUGAUCCUGUUGUGAUUCUCUAUCUCCAAGGAACUGCAGACAAGGAAUGGCGAGAGUUUGGUCGUACGGAAGUGAUUGACAACACGCUGAACCCAGAUUUUGUCCGGAAAUUUGUCCUUGACUAUUACUUUGAGGAGAAGCAGAACCUGCGUUUUGACGUUUACAAUGUGGACUCCAAAACCUGCAAUCUUCCCAAGCAUAAGGACUUCCUAGGACAAGCCUUUGUGGCACUCGGUGAGGUAAUAGGCUCCCAAAGAGGUCGCCUGGAGCGGCCCCUCACGGGGGUUCCAGGAAAAAAGUGUGGCACCAUCUUGCUGUCUGCAGAAGAGCUCAGCAACUGCCGGGACAUUGUCACCAUGCAGCUGUGUGCCAACAAGCUUGACAAGAAGGAUUUCUUUGGCAAAUCUGACCCCUUCCUUGUCUUCUACCGCAGCAACGAGGAUGGCACGUUCACCAUCUGCCACAAGACGGAGGUAGUGAAGAACAACCUGAAUCCAGUGUGGCAGCCGUUCUCCAUCCCUGUGCGUGCCCUGUGCAACGGGGACUAUGACAGGACGGUGAAAAUCGACGUCUAUGACUGGGACAGGGAUGGCAGCCAUGAUUUCAUCGGGGAGUUCGCCACGAGCUACAGGGAACUCUCCCGUGCCCAGAGCCAGUUCACAGUCUAUGAGGUUUCAAAUCCAAGGAAGAAAUGCAAGAAAAAGAAAUAUAUCAACUCUGGGACUGUAACUCUUCUGUCAUUUGCAGUGCAAUCGGAAUUCACCUUUGUUGAUUAUAUCCGAGGCGGGACGCAGCUGAAUUUCACAGUCGCCAUUGAUUUCACAGCCUCCAACGGGAACCCCUCCCAGCCUACCUCCCUCCAUUACAUGAGCCCGUAUCAGCUCAGCUCCUAUGCCAUGGCACUGAAGGCAGUUGGCGAAAUCAUCCAGGAUUAUGACAGUGACAAGCUUUUCCCUGCUUAUGGCUUUGGAGCCAAGGUCCCACCAGAUGGCAAAGUCUCCCAUCAGUUCCCUUUGAACAACAACCCAGACAACCCCAAUUGUGAGGGCAUCGAGGGAGUGCUGGAAUCCUAUUUCCAAAGCUUGCGUACAGUGCAGUUAUAUGGACCCACCAACUUUGCCCCUGUCAUCAACCAGGUUGCCUGUUCGGCUGCUCAGCUUACGGAUGGGUCCCAAUAUUAUGUGCUCCUCAUUGUCACGGAUGGUGUCAUCUCUGACAUGCUGCAAACCAAGGAAGCAAUUGUCAGUGCGUCGUCUUUGCCUAUGUCCAUCAUCAUUGUGGGAGUAGGCCCUGCUGAAUUUGGAGCAAUGGAAGAGCUGGAUGGAGAUGAAGUGCGGGUCUCCUCCAGGGGGCGCUACGCCGAAAGGGACAUUGUGCAGUUUGUGCCCUUCCGAGACUAUGUUGAUCAUUCAGGGAACCACGUGUUGAGCAUGGCACGCCUGGCAAAGGAUGUUCUCGCUGAAAUCCCCGAGCAACUCCUCUCCUACAUGAAGACCCGUGACAUCAAGCCCCUUUCUGCUAAGCCACAGUAGCUCCGACCUCUGUCCAGCCUGAGCCAGUCAGAUUAUUUCUGCUCCAGCUGGGACUGGGAUGACGGCUUCCACCGGGGGAACGUGGGCUGUUCCCACUCUUUCACUGGGAGCGGGCUAGGUCACCCGAGGGGUGGGUGGACAUCCCUGUGGGGAAGCGGGCAGAAUAUGAGCGCCAUGCCUCACUCAGGCCAAGCCACCAGCACGACUCCUCCCAGAAUCUCAAAGAAUGACCCCAAGGUUCAUCAGCCAACCCUGGCAAGGGACACGGACCAGAAGGGGGUUAAGAAGUCUUGCUGCCCCCACCCCUGCCGCUGGGGCAGUAUUUUCUUCAGGCCAAAUUUGCUAAAUCACGUGCCAUUUGGCUCUAUUUCUGCCUGGUUAAUGACAAUAAACCAUUCUUGGCCCCAGGAUCCCUUGUUUUGGCACUGAGUUGUUUUCAUGAUGGGGAGUUGUGAUUUCUGGCUUCUUCAAGGUAUAUUUUCCA